CUCCCAUUUUCAUAAAUCAUCCUAUAAAUACCUCCUGCAGCCUAAUUUCUGCGUUUUCUUUAACCUCCGCUGCAUUUGUGGGGACUUUGUAUUAAAUAAACUGUUUAAUAAGCCUUGGCUCCAAGAUGGACAGCAAGCCUUACUUGGUUCAGAUGAAUGGGAAUGGAGUCCACAACAAAAAGCUGGUGAAAGCUAACAGUCUGAUUGGGCCGGGGGUCAACAUGCACGGGAACGGCGUACACCAUGUCAAAGUGAAUGGCAGCUUGUAUCCAGCCAAAGCCAAAAGCAGCAGGCAGACGUGGGAAGUGAAGCCCUCUGAGAUGGCCAAAAACACCCUCAACCCCAUCAGGGCCAUCGUGGAUGGGAUGACGCUCACCCCCAACCCAGACAAACCAAUGAUCGCACUUUCCAUAGGAGACCCCACAGUGUUUGGAAACCUGCCUACAGAUGAAGCUGUGCUUCAGGCCCUGAAAGAUGCCAUAGACUCACAGAAGUACAACGGCUAUGCUCCGUCUGUGGGUUACCUAAAGAGUCGGCAGGCGGUGGCCAAUUUUUACAGCUGCCCGGAGGCUCCACUAGAGGCAGAGGAUGUAAUUCUGACCAGCGGCUGCAGUCAGGCCAUUGAACUGGCUAUCAAUGUCCUGUGUAACCCUGGGGACAACAUUCUGGUCCCAUGCCCAGGUUUUUCCUUAUAUAAGACUCUGGCUGUUUCAAUGGGCAUCAAGGUCAAACUUUACAACCUGCUGCCUGAGAGGUCAUGGGAGAUUGACCUGCAGCACCUGGAGAGCCUGAUCGAUGAGAGGACGUCCUGUCUGAUUGUUACCAACCCGUCCAACCCGUGUGGCUCAGUCUUUGACAAAGAACACCUGCAGAAGAUCCUUAAAGUGGCCUCCAAGUACUGUGUUCCCAUUCUGGCUGAUGAAAUCUACAGUGAUAUGGUUUUCCCAGGAUGCAGCAGUCCUUCCAUAGCGUCUCUCAGCAGUGAUGUUCCCAUCCUUUCCUGCGGGGGUUUGGCUAAGCGUUGGCUGGUGCCUGGAUGGAGGAUGGGAUGGAUCCUUAUCCAUGACAGGAAUGACGUGUUUGGAUCUGAGAUUCGGCAGGGUCUGGUGAAACUGAGCCAACGUAUUCUGGGAGCCUGCACCAUCGUCCAGGGAGCUCUGGAGAGCAUCCUCAACAAUACGCCUCAGAGCUUCUACAACAACACCAUCAGCUUCCUGAAGUCUAACUCAGAGACUUGUUACAACGAGCUGUCCACGGUCCCUGGCCUCAACCCCAUCAUGCCUUCAGGAGCCAUGUACCUCAUGGUUGGGAUUGACAUGGACCACUUCCCAGAUUUUAAAAAUGAUGUGGACUUUACUGAACGGCUGGUGACUGAGCAGUCAGUCUUCUGUUUGCCUGCUUCGGCGUUUGAAUACCCAAACUUCUUCCGCAUUGUGGUGACGGUACCAGAGGAGAUGAUGGUGGAGGCCUGCGCUCGCAUCCGAGAGUUCUGUCAGCGUUACUAUCGACCUCGCAGCUGCGACAGCAACGAUCUGGACCAGUGAUGCAGUUCGCUCAGCCAGUCUGAUGGCUGGUAGAAAGCCGCAUCCACACGCUGGAAUCGGCUUAAAGUCAUGAAGGGAUGAGUCUUCAGUAACUUACACAUCUUUAAAAAAAAAACUUUCUAGCAACUCGGUUUGUGGAGUAAUUUUUGAUGGUGAAAUAAACAGACGUAAUAUUUAUCUUUUUUACAGGCUAAUAUUAACCUCUUCUUGUUUUGUAUAUUUAUAUCAUUUGUUUGAGAUCAUAUGGAAGCCUAGAGCGGACACCCAAACAACAAAUGGGACCUUUGUAUAAUAAAGCUAUCACGUAAUCUGAGUGACAGCUCUGCUGAGUCUGAGCUGAACUUCUUCACAUAGAAACGCCUGUUUUUAGAAUCUGUUGAAAAUCUUUUCUAUUAAUCUUCUGCAUAUUUGUGUAGUUUCAGACUGUUCAGAACCUUCUCUGUACAUUAUAUGUCAACUGUUAAACUGUACAUUUAUGUCUUCUGUUUGUAUUUCAUACACAAAAGUUGUUGAGUAGUUUUGUUUAUAGUUUCCAAAUAAAAAAAUGUGACUGCUC